UUCGGAACAUCUUCCGGCAGGGAAGUCAGAUCGAGGUCAAGUUCAAUGGAAGUAGGGAUCUAUUUUCAGAACUCUGAUCGAGAGAGAAACAAAACAAUGUAUGUGAAUGACCGUUAGUGUUUUAAUUGUGUUAAAGGAACAAAAUUUCUAGAGGGCGUCAUUUUGACAGAUGAAAACCCCCCGUGUCAUGUCAUACGAACACGUCUUCCUUUGUGAAUGAUUAUGACCAUAUAUAUUUAUCUUAUCGUAAAGCAGUUGUGUCUAACGUAGAAAGUACUGCAUUUGUUUUGGGGUGUUUUUUUUUUUUAUUAUUGCGUUUUUAUUUACUUCACAAAAAGACCGACGGAUGGUUUUAACUUUCAUUUGUGUCGGUAAUUUCCCAAUAUUUCCUGUGGGAUAUUGAAGGGCUAUUUUUAGAAGUUGCAGAGAAGGUGUAGAGCCUUUUGGGUUUUGUAACCAUGGCGGAUGUGGACCCAGAGACUCUGCUGGAAUGGCUCCAGAUGGGACAAGGCGAAGAAAGGGACAUGCAGCUUAUUGCUCUAGAACAGCUAUGCAUGCUGCUCUUAAUGUCUGACAAUGUGGACAGAGUGUUUGAAAGCUGUCCCCCAAGAACAUUUUUGCCAGCUCUCUGUCGAAUAUUUCUGGAUGAAAGUGCCCCAGACAAUGUCCUAGAAGUCACAGCUCGAGCCAUCACUUACUACCUGGAUGUUUCUGCAGAGUGCACUCGUCGCAUAGUGUGUGUAGAGGGUGCCAUAAAAGCACUUUGCAACAGGCUGGUGGUGGUGGAUAUGGCAUCUAAAAAUAGUCGAGAUCUGGCAGAGCAGUGCAUCAAGGUGCUGGAGAGAAUCUGUACCCGUGAGUCCAGUGCCGUAUUUGAUGCAGGAGGACUUAACUGUGUCCUUACAUUCAUAACGGAGUAUGGAUCCCAGGUCCAUAAAGACACUCUCCACUCAGCAAUGUCGGUGGUAUCUCGAGUGUGUGGAAAGAUGGAGCCACAGGAUUCGUCCCUGGAGACUUGCGUAGAGUCCCUGUCAACACUGUUAGAACACGAGGAUCAGUAUGUAGCUGAUGGAGCACUACGUUGUUUUGCCUCCCUAGCUGACCGCUUUACUCGGAGAGGAAUGGACCCUGCCCCUCUAGCUAAGCAUGGAUUAAUUGAUGAACUACUACAACGGCUACAGCAGGCUGGUGAGUCCGGCCCCAAUCUGUCUACAGCCAGCACACCGGGCAACAUCUCUCUACCAGAGGCAAAGUCUAGUCCAAGUAUUUCCACAGUGAUUAGUCUGCUUUCCACACUUUGCCGUGGGUCACCGACCAUUACACAUGACCUACUUAGGUCAGAUUUACCAGAUGCUAUUGAAAGUGGACUCAGAGGAGACGAAAGGUGCUCCCUGGACACGAUGCGACUGGUAGAUCUUUUAUUGGUUCUUCUAUUUGAGGGACGAAAAGCUUUACCCAAGGCAGGGGUCUCCAGUAUCAGUAGCAGAUUGUCUGGACUUCGUCGCAGCGAUUCUGCCGGUGACAGAUCUCAUCGCCAAUUGAUUGACUGCAUCCGCAGCAAGGACACAGAUGCACUAAUAGACGCAAUCGACAAUGGGGUGACAGGGUUUGAGGUAAAUUUCAUGGACGAUGUGGGGCAGACCUUGCUAAACUGGGCCUCCGCCUUUGGAACACAGGAGAUGGUGGAAUUUCUUUGUGAGCGGGGUGCUGAUGUUAAUCGUGGAUUGAGAUCUUCCUCUCUACACUAUGCGGCCUGUUUUGGUAGACCACAAAUUGUUAAGACUUUGUUGAGAUAUGGUGCUAAUCCUGAUCUCCGAGAUGAGGAUGGGAAAACACCCCUGGACAAGGCCAGGGAGCGAGGGGAUGAAGGUCAUCGAGAGGUCAUAUCCAUCCUACAGUCUCCAGGUGAGUGGAUGGUCCAGACGAAUCGUGACCAAGCUCAGACAGUGAGUCAGGACAAGAAGGAGGAGACUGAGACUGUAGAAGAAGAACCUAGUGAGCCCAAGGGGGACCCCGAGAUCGCCCCCAUCUACGUCAAACAGCUAUUGCCUGUGUUUACACACGUGUUCACCUGCACCAUGCUCCCAUCUGUCAGAAAAUCUAGUCUCUCCCUCUUAAAGAAGAUGAUACACUAUACUGGUAGCCCUUUGUUGUGUGAGAUGUGUGACCCAGAGCUGGGGGUUGUGAACUUUGCUGGUUCCCUUACAGAAGUUCUUACAAAUGUCCUUGAUCAUGAGGAGGAUGAUGAAGGCCACCAAGUGGUAUUGUUCAUUACCCAGGAUCUGAUGAAGAAGGCACAGGAUAUAUUUCUGGAACACUUUGCUCGACUUGGGAUGUUUGGUCGAGUCCAAGAAAUGGCUGGACCCCUAGAGAGUGAAGCUACUGCUAUCAAGGAGGAAAAAGAGGAUGAAGAGAGUGUGAUUGAGGAUGCCACAGAAAUCCAACAGGGUCGUCCAUAUCACUGGAAGGAUUGGUGUAUUGUUCGCGGCCGGGACUGCCUGUAUCUGUGGUCAGAUGCUGCAGCUCUUGAGCUGUCCAACGGGAGUAAUGGCUGGUUCCGAUUUAUCCUGGACAGCAAGCUGGCUACCAUGUAUUCUAGUGGGAGUCCUGAGGGAAGCUCUGACAGUUCAGAAAACCGUGGAGAGUUCUUAGAGAAGUUACAGAGAGCUCGGGGUCAGAUAAAGCAGGGGGCAGUCAGUCAUCCAAUUAUGUCUCAUGUUGGGUCUCAGAAACUGAUGGUCGGAAACUGGACACUGGCAUGUAAGAAGGAAGGGGAGUUACACAUCCACAAUUCCGAUGGACAACAAGUCUGUGAUCAAUCCACAAUCCUGAAAGAGGACCUAGCUGGAUUCAUAUUUGAGUCCAAUAGAGGCACGAAGCACUCCUUCACUGCUGAAACCUCUCUAGGUCCAGAGUUUGCUACCGGCUGGGGUGGCAAGAAAAACAGAAAAAUGCGAUCCAAGUCAGAAGAAAUUAGAUCUAAGGUGAAGACAAUGGCCAGAGAGAUAUACGAGCAAUACUUUAGAUCAGCAGAAGCCAUGCCUCGUGGUGUGGUUGCUAAAAUACGCAACAUUGUUCAGCAGUUGGAGGCAGCAUGUGCCAUGCAGAUUAGUCAAGUUAGGAAUGCUGAUGGUGAAGUCACUUGGAUUGAGGACAUGAGGGUUAGUCUGGAGGAGCUGGUCUUAUUACUGAGAGAUGAGCACACUGUGUCUUCGUAUGAACUGCAGUCCAGUGGUCUGGUCCAAACUCUACUCAACAUUCUCAAUAAUAACAUUGAGGAUUCUACCAGCAAGGACAGCAAGAGAAGAACGAAAGAGAGGAUUGGAAUCUUUCGAUCAGUCUUCCAGGAAAAUGAUGGACUGAACCCAGCCAUUGCGCUGGUCCGAAAGUUGAUAGCAGUGUUAGAGUCAGUGGAAAAACUGCCAGUGUACAACUAUGAUCUACCUGGCUCUGGUUAUGGCUUACAGAUUUUGACCCGACGUUUACGAUUCCGUUUGGAGCGAGCAUCUGGAGAAUCGGGUUUACUGGAGAGGAGUGGUUGUAACCUGAAGAUGGAGCCAUUGACUACAGUUGGUGCACUAGAGAGAUAUUUACUCAAAAUGGUUGCCAAGCAGUGGUAUGACUAUGACAGACAAACUUUUACUUUCGUUAAAAUGCUGAAGGAGAGGAAGGAGCCCCUGGUUCUGAACUAUCAAUCUGACUUCGACAUUAAUGGUCUGAUUUACUGGAUCGGAUCCAACGCAAAAUCAGCUAUUGAAUGGGUGAAUCCUGCUCAAUAUGGACUCAUAGUGGUGACAUCAUCAGAGGGCCGGAAUCUGCCAUAUGGGAAACUGGAGGACAUUGUAAGCCGUGACAGUGCUGCCCUGAACUGUCAUACCAACGAUGACAAGAAGGCAUGGUUUGCAAUUGACUUGGGAGUAUGGAUUCUACCAACUCAUUACACACUGAGGCAUGCCCGGGGAUAUGGCAGAUCUGCGUUGAGGAAUUGGCAAUUUCAAGUCUCCAAAGAUGGCACAACUUGGGUUACUCUGAGAACACACAAAGAAGACACGAGUCUGAAUGAACCUGGGUCCACUGCUACAUGGAAUCUAGCACCACCAGAGGAUGAAAAGCAGGGAUGGCGCCACAUCAAGAUCCAGCAGACAGGCCGUAACGCAAGUGGACAGACCCACUACCUCUCUCUGUCUGGGCUAGAAAUCUACGGCACUGUUAAUGGAGUUUGUGAUGAUCUAGGUAAAGCAGCACGAGAGGCCGAGGCCACUCUACGGAGACAGCGGAGAAUCAUCCGAACACAGGUUUUAAAACAGAUGGUGCCUGGGGCCCGGGUCAUCCGUGGUAUGGACUGGAAAUGGAGGGACCAGGAUGGACCUAAAGCAGGGGAGGGAACCGUCACUGGGGAACUCCAUAAUGGUUGGAUUGAUGUGACCUGGGACUCGGGAGGAUCAAAUUCUUACAGAAUGGGGGCCGAGGGGAAGUAUGACCUGGCCUUGGCCCCAGGAUAUGACCCAGAAAAGCACAGGGUUGUUCCAAGCAAGACUGACCAAGGGGUAAAGGCCAAGACUGGAGGAGCAGCCUCUGACAAGGUGAAGGUGAGUGUGCUGACUAGCCGCAAGAGCAGUUCAACUCCCAGUCUUACUGAGGUGGAUGAAAACAAGCCCUCUGUGGCAAGCACAGAGCAGGCAGCAUCUGCAGAAUGUUUAACAUCAGCAGUAAAAUCGAUGGCUCAGAAUUUAAGUGACAACUUGGUAAAUUUGGCCACUACCAUGGAAUCUCUAGAAGAAACAAAGAACAGUAACAAUAUCCCAAGUGAACUUCAUGAAGUUGUCCAGGAAUCCACCAGCCUAAACAACAACAGAACCGGUGAGAGUCUGGAGCCAGCUCAAUCAGCUCCAGGUGCUGAGGGGGGAAUGAUGCUGGAACAUCUUAACUCAAAGACUGACGGGAAAAAGACUGAAGGUCAGACCCGGGGGUCGCCCACCAACCCAAUGAGUGUCAGUGUUCCUAACCUGCCCACAAGCAUGGAGCAGACAGUCAGUCUGCUUGAGACCUUUGCAGCGGUUGCUAGGCGUAACCUAGGGACUGUUGGCAUGAACAACAGGAGUAAUGCCCUGAGGCUGGGGAGUCAGAAUGCACCAAGGGACAUAGACCUAUUCUCCAUUGUAGGUAACAACCUUCUGAGCACCGCUCAGAGCUAUCCCAGCUUGACCACCUCCAAUGCCCCCACAUCGAGCACACUCACUACCACACAAACUAUGGCUAACGUCACAUCACUGAGCCAAGCUCUGACUCGCAGUCUCACCUCUACGUCCAGUGAAAGUGAUGAAUUUCUUGAGACUUGUCGAGCCACUACCUUACUGGGAGAACUUGAUGAUGAUGAGGAAUUACCAGGACCAGAUGAUGAUGAUGAUGAAAAUGAAGACGAGAAUGAAGACGAUGAAGUGUAUGAUGAUGUUUUGGAGGAGGAUGAUUUGGCAGAGGUUCGUGGAGAGAGAAGGAAGACCUGGGAUGACGAGUUUGUCUUGAAGCGUCAGUUCUCUGCACUAAUCCCGGCCUUUGACCCCCGUCCAGGUCGCACCAAUGUAAAUCAAUACCAGGACUUUGAAAUUGUACCUCCUGGUGCAGAACCAGUCCAAUCUAGUGACAGUAUGGAUCAGGGUAGUCAGCCCAGGAUCAUCCUGUAUAUCAAAUCUCCAUGUCUGCCAGGGAUGGAGAACAUAGAAGUUUGCCUUGGGUCUGAGAACAGCUGUAUAUUUAAGUACAUCCAGAAAUUGUUGGUCCAUGGCAUGUCAGGAAAUAGGAAUGAAAGAAUUAGAAGAAUCUGGGAACCAACUUACACGAUUAUGUACAGAACAUUGAAGGAUGGGGAGACAAAACCAGAAUUGGAAAAAAUCACUGACUCCAUGCACUCCCAGACUGGAGCUCAGUCAGAUGCCAAUAUGUACCAGAUUCUGAGUGAGUGGGACGUCCCCCGGAGUAACGACCCGGCAGCCUGUACCAUAGACCACGUCCUGCAGCUUCUACAAAGACUCUACGCUAUCUCUAUGGAACACAGCCAAAACAUGCAGCUCAAUGAGAGAAAAGGUAUGCAGCUCAAUGUUCCUGCAGAAGAAUUUGUGUCUAAAAAGUUUACCAACAAACUUAAUCAACAGACACAGGACCCAUUGGUAUUGGCCAGUAAUGCCCUUCCUGAUUGGUGUGAACAACUGACCAAGUCCUGUCCGAUGUUGUUCUCUGUGGACACAAGGCAGCUGUACUUCACUUGUACUGCUUUUGGAACAUCCAGGGCAAUAGUUUGGCUACAAGACAAGAGAGACGCCAACAUGGAGAGAAGUCGCGGCUCUGUCACCCGGAGAGAGGAGGGUGGGGAGUACAGGAUUGGCCGUCUGAAACAUGAGCGCGUCAAGGUUCCACGGGGAGAGAAACUCCUAGAGUGGGCCAUGCAGGUGAUGAAGUGCCAUGCCCACAGGAAGUCAAUGCUGGAAAUUGAGUUUCAGGGAGAGGAAGGAACAGGACUGGGGCCAAGUUUGGAGUUUUAUGCUUUGGUAGCUGCAGAGCUGCAGAAAAAAGAACUAGGAAUGUGGCUGGUGGAUGAUGACUUCCCUGAUAAAGUGGAGAGAGAGAUUGAUCUAGGUCAGGGUAUUAAGCCCCCAGGUUACUACAUUCAAAGGUCAGGUGGUCUAUUCCCCGCCCCCUUGCCCCAGGACCACUCAAAAGUGUCCAGAGUGGAGAGACUCUUCUUCUUUUUUGGUACUCUUCUUGCCAAAUGUCUGCAGGACAAACGACUGAUCGACAUGCCCCUCUCUCGUCCCUUCCUGAAAUUGCUGUGCAUGGGGGAGGUAGGGCACCACAUCACUCAACAGUACACAGAGUCCCUCCAUCGCUCAGUGGGGUCCUCUGAGUCCUACCACAGUGACCAUAGUGACCUUAUGACCUCUAGUAUUGAGGAUAAGGAGCUGAUUCUGGAUCCUCCAAAAUUCCGACACCCAGACACACCAGCUUGGUUCUCUGGCAUUUUGACAGAAGAUGACUUUGAUGUUGUAGAUCCCUACCGCUCCAAUUUCUUGAAACAGUUGCGUGAGUUGGUGAGUCGUAAACAAAGGAUUUUAAAAGAUCGAAGUCUGACACAGGAUCAGAAAAACAUCCGUCUACAAAGGCUUGCAUUACAUGGACAGAAGUAUGAGGGUUGUCGCAUCGAGGACCUUGGUCUGAUAUUCCAGUUUAAUCCAUCAUCAAAGGUCUACGGUUAUAUGUAUUACGAUCUGAAGCCUGAUGGAGAAAAUAUGGACGUCACCAUGGAGAAUGUGGACCAGUAUGUUGACUUGGUGACAGAUUUUUGUCUUCAUAUCGGAAUUCGACGACAACUGGAUGCAUUUAGGGAUGGUUUUAACCAAGUCUUCCCCAUGGAGAAGCUUCACACAUUCAGUCCUGAUGAACUGGUGACCAAGCUUUGUGGGGACCAGUUUCCCAACUGGACUCGGGAUGAUAUUCUUAAUUACACUGAGCCCAAACAAGGCUACUCUAAAGAAAGCCCUGGUUUCCAGAGGUUUGUAUCAGUCCUUUGUGAGCUGAAUGCUGACGAAAGGAAGGCCUUUAUUCAGUUUGUGACGGGAUGUUCGUCACUUCCACCAGGAGGUCUGGCCAAUCUCCACCCACGACUCUCUGUGGCUCGUAAAAAUGAGAACGAGACCAGCUAUCCUUCAGUGAACACAUGUUACCACUACCUAAAGCUGCCAGAGUACUCCAGUGAGGAGGUGCUGAGAGACAGACUGCUAACUGCUACACGAGAGAAACAGUUCCACUUUAAUUGAUGUGAUAUACUUUUGUGUAGUGAUCAAUGUGAAACAUGUACAGGUGGCUUAACUAUAGUCAACACUGACUGCCAUAUUUAUAGUGUGUAUCCAGGGGUGAACUUGGCACUAGUGAAUUAUUUAUCCACAAAUACUGAUGUGACAUAUUUUCUUGUUCUGUAAUGAUUUUGCACAGUGCAAUGAUAUCAAUGUUUUGUUCAGUGAUAAUCCUGUCUUUCUUAACAGUGCAUCAUGAUAAAAAUUUAACAACUUGACAAUGGGUAUACAUCCUGUGGAUUGUUCACCAUGGAAACUGUGAUUCAUUUUGUAAAAGAUUUUGUUCGUCCACAUGCUUUGAAAAGAGCUUUUGUGUUUUAGCUGUUUCAUUACUGUAGAAUUCAUUGAAUUUUUUACCAAGUUUUAACCGAGAGCAAUAGAGGAUGUUAGAAAUGAGCUAUGAACCAUUGUAAUGUAUGUCUUGUGUUAAGAUUUAUAUGCGAUAUGUAUGUUCAUCAUUUGAUAGUGUCAAAAUAGAUUGUUGUGUGGGAUCGUUAAUAAUUAAGGGUGUUGUAAUUAUUUUCCACUUGAUACUGGUCAAUUUGUCGUUGCAAACUUUUAAUAAAGCAAACAAAUUUUGUUAA